AAAGAAAAGAUACGGAGGACAAUCACACAUGGCCCCAGGCGUGUCGAGUGAGCAGUUGAAUUCAAUAUAUUAAAACUGAAGACAACCAGGAAACGGAUCUAAUCACUCAACAGCCGAAGCCAACACUCCACCACAAACAAACAACCAUCCCAUCCCAUCUUCUUCACACCCCCUCCCUCCCUCUCACAUUCAUCAACCGUUCCUUGUUUUCUCCCUCCCCUCUUCCCUUUCCCUUAUUUUCUCGGCCGUUUCCUUGAUUUUCUCGGCCAUUUUGAUGGGAACAGUUAGGUGGGCUUUCUAUCCCGAUUGGCUCUUUCCCACUCUUCAAGUUUCUCCAUUCCUAUUUAACCAACUCCUCCUCCCCGUUAGCCGACAGUGACAAUCAAAUCCGUCCCAAUUCCCCCUACCAAUUGUGAUGCGGUUGCUUGUGAGCUUGGAGUUUGGCUGUAUUUGAAGCUCACUUUUGCGGAAUAGGGAUCUGGGUUUUCCUUAAAGAUCUUGUUUUCAUCCAGGUUCCCCGAGUUUUAGGGCAAGACUGAUCUGGGUAUCUAUGAUCUUGACAAUUUGUUGAUCUGGGUGUUCAAGAAUCAGGUUUAGUUUAGGGUCGGCGUCUUUCUUUUUCUUCUUCGCUUCAUGUUUAAAUCAUCAACCCAGAAAAUGGGGGCUGGGAAUAGGCUCUUGUACCCUAUUCUUGGCUUUGCGUCGUGUCUUGUGUUCAUUUACUUUUCAUUUGGGGAUUUCUGGGUCAGUUACCCUAGAGAGCCAGUGUUGAGCUUUGUGCAGAGGAAUGGAACCCACUUCAUGGUUGAUGGUAGAAUUUUCUACAUUAAUGGCUGGAACUCUUACUGGUUAAUGGACCAUGCUGCGGAUGAAUAUACCAGACCUAGGGUUAGGGCAAUGCUGCACGCUGGCGCCAAGAUGGGCCUUACAGUCUGCAGAACUUGGGCCUUCAAUGAUGGUGCCUACAAUGCCCUUCAGUUGGCUCCAGGCCAAUAUGAUGAGCGCGUAUUCAGGGGGUUGGAUCAUGUAAUUGUGGAGGCCAGGAAACACGGAAUAAGGUUGCUGCUUAGCUUGGUUAAUAACUUGCAAGCAUAUGGUGGGAAGACUCAAUAUGUCAAGUGGGCUUGGGAAGAAGGUGUAGGUUUGAGCUCUUCUAAUGAUUCAUUCUUCUAUGAUCCAUCAAUUCGCCAUUAUUUCAAGACUCACGUCAAGACUUUGCUUACACGGAGGAAUACUAUCACCGGGGUUCGGUAUAAGGAUGAUCCAACCAUCUUUGCCUGGGAGUUAAUUAAUGAACCCCGUUGCAUGACUGAUCCUUCUGGGGACACUCUUCAGGACUGGAUAGAAGAAAUGUCAAGUUUUGUGAAAUCAAUUGACAAGAAACAUCUUCUGACUGUUGGCCUCGAAGGAUUCUAUGGACCUAAGAGUCCCAAAAGGGUUACUGUCAACCCAGGAGAAUGGGCUGCUGAACUUGGAUCUGAUUUCAUUCGGAACUCUCAGAUCUCAACUGUGGAUUUUGCCUCUGUUCAUAUAUACCCCGACCAGUGGUUUCCCAAGUAUGACCUUGAAGAGAAACUAAAAUAUGUGUUGAAAUGGAUGCACUCUCAUAUUGAAGAUGGUGAUAAUGAACUGAAGAAACCUGUAACGUUCACCGAAUUUGGCUUGUCAAAUCUGAGUAAGGGUUUCGACCCUUCUCAACGGGACAGGCUGUACAAAAUCGUACAGGAUGCCAUUCAUAAAUCAGCCAAGAAAAAGAGAGCCGGAGCAGGAUCUUUUGUGUGGCAGUUCUUAGUUGGAGGAAUGGAUGAAUACAACGAUGAUUUUGGAAUCGUCCCCUGGGAAAGGCCAUCGACAUAUCGAUUGAUAACCGAUCAUUCGUGUCGACUGGCACAAAUUCGGGGUGUACUACCUUUUCAAAGGGAGUACUUGAAAGAACUGUGCUUUUAGAGUGUAGAAAUCAGAUUCUUUGGAUCAAAGACUGAACUUCUCAUAUGCAGGCAAGUCUUUUUGUUUUUCUGUUUCUGUAUCUGUUCUUUGUUUUAUUUUUUUGGGGUCUUCGUUUUCUUCAUCUCUAGGUCCUAAUAUUUGUAUGUUCCUGCAAAGUAUACGCAUGUAAUUAAAAGAAAUUGCAGCAUAAUUGCAGAAAGUGUUAUCUAUUGUAUGGCCUGUGCUGGUUUGUUUU